ACGAACACAAGGAGAAGCGCAGCGGACAGCAAACGCGUGCACAUUUGGAGGGGAAAAGAUUCACAUGAUGCCCAGAGCAACCAACGCUAAGUGAAACAAAACGGCGUUGGGGCUUCUUUCGAAAGUCGGAAAACAACUUCUUGCGGACGCGCAUCUUCCCUCUGGAUCUAAUGGACUGACCAAGGCACAGGCAAUCACUCCUGCAUCCACCGCAUACACGUAACGCGGUGGCUUGUGGCUUGCUAAUGGACUUACCACAGCACACCGAGCAGCAGCGAGCACAACCGGCCUUGCGAUACGAACUACUAGCGCGCAUUUGAUAGCUCGCGCAUGGGACGCAGAGGGAUGACAGUCAUAACAGACGCGAAUGAAUACAGCGGCGCCGGCAGCGAAGACGUCAGCAGGAUGGACGUCGAUGGCGAGGAGAGCGUCUCCUUCUUCGUGCGCGCUCUGUACGACUUUUCAUCCGAAGACUCGUCAUCGCUCUCCUUUCGCAAGGGCGCUCUGAUCGAAGUUCUGACGCAGCUCGAGAGCGGAUGGUGGGACGGCCUGCUUGGGAACGAUGUCCGGGGCUGGUUCCCCAGCAAUUAUGUUGAGAUCAUUAGCGACGAAGAGGCAGAGCGGGAGCUUCGUGCGCGCGCUCAGCACCUGAUGCAGAAGAGCGCAGAGGCGCAAGGCACUGCCAAGUCUGCUAGCGCUUCAACUGCAACUUCCUCUUCACUAUCGGCAUCGUCGGAGGCCAACAUGCUGAACCAUCAGGGCAGCGGAGGGUCUAGCGGCACGCUCGACUACAGCUCGCUUAGCGCGAUCAGCACGUCCGGUUUUGAUGGUCUCGGCCUCGGACGCGACCUCGAUACUCUGCGCGCCCUCAUGUCUGGGGAAGGCCUCUCUUCGUCCGGGCACGGGGACGCGUUCGAGGAGCUGGCGGAAGCUGCCAUGUCCUCGGGCAAGCACCACUCCGGCAGGCGCAGCCGCAACGGCAGCAGGACGCGGCGAGAGAACGGCCGCGGUGGCGGUGGAAGUGGCGACGACGCCAAUGGCGCGGGUAGCAGCGAAGGAGAGCAGGACAGCUCCAGCACGACGACGAUCGAAGAUCGGCUCAGUGCGGGCGAAAGGAGCCGUGUGCAGAGCCGCAACGGCUCGCUCAGCAAGCGUGGGAACGCGCGCAAUGGCGAGUCCAGGCGCCAGUCGAUAUCACAGGAAGCAUUGAACAGUCGUGCGUCUUCGGUGCAACAUCGGCCCAGAGCGGCGACAGACUUGGGAACGCGACUUGGCAUGCCAGGGGCAACUUCUCGCGAUCAACCCGUGGAAGAGUACGGCACGCCCAACACGCACGUCUCCAGCAGCGACGAAGAUGGAGCCUGGACGGCGGCUGGUACCUCCGCGGUCGCCUCUCCACCCUCGGCAGCCGGGCUGUCCGCCUCGCUCGUACGGCCGCUCAAGGUGACGCGGCGUUUGCCAGACGAUGAUCGACACGCCUCGCCAAAUCUCACGCAUCCGCCCGAUUCUCUCUGCACUCGUCAAUCUCGCUCCAACACAACCGAAUCAAACACGUCCAAGCUCUCUUCUGGGCUGAUCAGCAUUGGCAGCAAGGCGACCAGUUCCACAACGGGCACGCUUCCCUCAAUGCUGGAUGUCCCGCCCGGCAAUGCUAUCGACUACUUGCCAGCAGAUGCAGGUGACAUCAAAUAUCCCUGGCUCGUUCGCCUCACAGAUGACGAGCAGACGUUCUUCUACUACAACAUCGAUACAAAAGAAACCCGAUGGGACUUGCCGUCUGCUUCUGCUACAGGCUCGGACGCGAAAAAGUUUGAUGCGACGACGGCAAGUUUCCGCGAUUCCAUCCGCCGUCCGAGCGCCAUCACGCUGGGGUCGUUCGAAUCAGACGAUUCGGACGCGGAUUCGCUCCUGCACAAUUUGCGUGCACCAGGUAAGUCGCCGCACAAGCUUUUGGCCGCGCAGGGCGCGCGCAGUGGGAUGGCCGCUGCGCCAUACGCUGCUAUCGGAAGCGCCGGCAAGCGGCUUGCCGAGCCCAAGGCCCUGCUGGAUGCGCCGCCGGCUCUGCUCAAGGAGGCGGAGCAGGCUGCGAGUUUGCAAUACGCGCUCCAGCCGCGGGAGAACCUCGUCGUACUGCUUGCCGGGCUGCAGGAGUCGAUGGCGGAAAGCAUGAGCAAGGUCAUGUCCAUAAUCUCCGAAUUCGGCACUCGGUCCAAGACAGAAGGCGACCUUGUCGGCGCGGAACUGUCCAGCGCCGUCGCUUCUACGUUGCAGUCUGUCCGAGCGCUACUGUACUCGGCUGGCGGCAUGGCCUUGACGCCUGAAGAUCUGGAGAACGUUACCGAUUAUGACAUUAGCAAUACCACCUAUGCGCAUUGUUUCCCAGCCCCAGACCUCGCGUUGGCGCAGUACAUUGUCGGCCCCCAGAUCUCCGCGCUAAACAACAGCGCUGAUACCAAGACGCAGUCUCCGAAGCUCAUCCAGCCUUCGCUCAAGGGAACCAGUCGAAAGGUGAUCCAGUCGCUCUCCAAGCUGAUUCUCUCUUCGCGAACCCUCAUCGAGUUCAACAAACUUGACGCGGCGCACACCCCUGUCGACCUUGAGUCGGCGCAGAUCUUGGUGUACAGGAUGGAGCAGCGGAGGCAGCGCGUGAGAGAAGACGCAACGGAUCUGCUGCGAGCUGCAAGCACACUCUCUGCAGAACUGGACAAGCACAGAGGCGCGGCCGCGCAAACUGGGUCGAGCCUGAACUGGCCACGACGGCUUGAUGGGAUCCUCAAGAGCGGGGAAGGCGCAGCCGGCGUGGGUCCCGAAUCUUUGAGCGGCGGAUCAGCCGCAUCGUGGCGAGGAAGCGGUUUUGUACUGCCUUCGGCAAGGGAGACAGCAGCGCUGCGAGCGGAUGCAAUAGGGCACUUCACCAAUCCUUUCGAUCUCACACCCGAAACAAGGUCGCUGCUUCAAUCGGGUCGGACAGCGCUUCGUCGACGGCCGAACCAGCAACUCUCGCCGCGCAAUGUUGCCGAAGUGCUGCAGCCCCAGCACGAUGACUUGCGCCUCCAAUUUCUCGGCCUUCGAAAUCUCCUGCGCACAGGCUCACUGACUGCAUCCACACCGGAACGAUCCGAGACGCCGAAGCCUCUCAAUCAUGAGCAGAGCUUGGCUGACAAUCGCAUUGACUCGCCGCCGCUUUCGAGCGAUUUGCUCGGGCAGGCCGAAGUGGUGCUUCAGCGCGUAGGUACCUACCUCGGUCUGCUGGAAGAUAUCGAUCUCGCGAGCACGCUCGACUUUGACGGACCUGGCAAGACAGGCCUCGAUCCAUCAGAUCUCUCUGACAAUCUGGUCCUCAAAGCAAGAACUCUCGCGCAAGAGUUUGCACAGGCCAAGCAAGAUCUGUUCGACGCCGCGUCUGAGAUUCUAGUGGAUGCACAGGACGCUGUCUCCUCAACCUUCAAAGCAACAAUCGAGCAAGAGACUGCACAGGGCAUCCUCAAUCGCGUCGAUGCGCUCUUGCUGUCAAGCGGCGAUGUGCAGGAUCUACUUCAGCAGCUGCUGCAAGUUGCUACUGAGCAGCAGUCAUGCGGGCAUGCAAAGAUUGGGGCGAGAGCCAAGGUGUACGGCGUCGUUGAUCUUCCAGCGCCCGCUCUCUCAGCCGCAGCGUCCACCGAGCAACUCACAGAAGCCUCAGUCGAUGACGGGGCAGCUGGAGAUGAUGGACGCGGCGGCGUGCUCUACUCCGGGCCUGGGGUUGCUGGGCCCGACAAAUCACCCGGUGACAAUCGAUAUUUGGCUUCACGACCUAGCCUUGCCAACCGAGGCCGUUCAUCCUCGACAGCUGCGUCAGCAUUGGCGAAUCGACGAAAAGAUUCGCAGGGCCUCGACAAGGACGGGGACUUCAAGUCGCCACUAUCUGACAAGAUUAAGAAAUUCUUUGGCGACGAGCCCAGCUCCAAGGAACUCGAAGCGACGGCUACGGCAAAACGCGUCGAGGCGGAUCCCUGGUUCCUCGAAGUCGACUACUCGCCCGAUGAUAUUGUCAUGAACAGCGAUGGUCAAGUCAAGGGUGCCACGUUAGGUGCUUUGAUGGAGCGUUUGACCAUGCACAAGAAUUUCGAUGCCAACUUCAACAAUACCUUUCUGCUGACCUAUCGCUCGUUCACCACAACGCACGAGCUCCUCGACCUACUAUUCGCUCGCUUUCGCAUUGCCAUACCUUCAAGCCUCUCGGCGCUGGAGCAGGAGAUGUGGGUUGAAAAGAAGCAGCAACCUAUUCAGCUUCGAGUGUUCAACGUCCUCAAGUCUUGGCUUGAGACGUAUCUCUACGAAGGAGAGGACGAGAAGUACCUUGAACGCAUUCGAAGGUUUGCCGAGAACGAGAUGGCAGCAACGCCGUCGAUGGCGCUCGCGUCUAAGCAACUCGUGCGACUGAUCGAGAGGAGGCGAGGUGAUGGGGAGAUGCAGGUGCGGAAGAUGGUCAUGCCAAAUUCAGCACCACCGCCGGUGCUACCAAAGAACUUGCGAAAGAUCAAGUUUUUAGACAUAGAUCCCCUGGAGAUGGCGCGUCAGCUCACACUCCUCGACAGCACCUUAUUUUGUCGCAUCAAACCUUUUGAGUGUUUGGACAAGAGUUGGUCCAAGAAGGAUGCAGACAAGCUAGCACCGGGCAUCAAAGACACCAUCAACACCAGCAACAGGAUUACCGGCUGGGUCGCUGAGGCCAUCUUGAUGCAAGAAGACCUAAAGAAGAGAGCACUAUGGGUUAGGCAGUUCAUUGCCAUCGCAGACCGAUGUCGAGCACUACAGAACUUUUCAACAAUGACAGCGAUCGUUUCUGGUCUCAAUUCUGCGCCAGUCUAUCGUCUGCGCCGAACGUGGGAUCAGGUGAAUCAAAAGCACGUCACAGUUCUUGAAUCUCUGAACAAGGUCAUGCAGUCGAGCAAAAACUUUGCCGACUAUCGGGAGAUGAUCCACAAACUCAACCCACCUUGUGUUCCUUUCCUCGGCGUGUACCUAACCGACUUGACAUUCAUUGAGGACGGUAAUCCUGAUCGGCUCAAGACGGAUGAGCGGCUCAUCAACUUUGGCAAGCGUCAGAAGACUGCAGAGGUCGUCAAGGAGAUCAUGAUCUACCAGAGCACUCCAUUCAAUUUGACGACAGUGCCAGGCAUUCAGAAGUUCAUCAAUGACAACCUGGUGGACACCCGCAGCGACAAUGAUCUGUAUCAACAGUCUCUGUUGCUCGAGCCAAGAGAACGAGACGACGAGAAAAUUGCUCGUCUGCUUCAGGAAAGCGGGUUUUUGUGAUGUACCGCUAACAACUCGGUCUGUCUCUCGUUGUACACCUUGCGCCUCGUUCACGAUCCGCCAUGUCCGUGUGUGUUCUUGCAUCGCAAGUCCACGCAUCACUCUCGUUCUA